GGAUAUGAGGCAGGAGGGCUUGGGGACAACUGUGGGGACAUGGCCCAGAUGAUCUGAUCCUGGCAGUAGUGACUGUUGGGGACCAGGAUGCUGGCAGGUCAACUCGAGGCCAGGGACCCCAAGGAGGGCACCCACCCAGAGGACCCGUGCCCAGGAGCUGGGGCUGUCACGGAGAAGACAGCUGUGGCAGCCGAGGUUCUCACGGAGGACUGCAAUGCCGGGGAGAUGCCACCAUUACAGCAGCAGGUCAUCAGACUCCACCAAGAGCUUGGGAGACAGAAGUCUCUGUGGGCUGAUGUUCAUGGAAAACUCCGGAGUCAUAUAGAUGCUUUGAGGGAGCAGAACAUGGAGCUCCGAGAAAAGCUGAGAGCUCUGCAGCUGCAGCGGUGGAAAGCCAGGAAGAAAUCUGCAGCGUCCCCACACGCGGGGCAAGAUCGCACACUCUGGCAUUGGAACCUGCUUUUGGAAAAAUGUCACCUCUGUCAGCUGAUGAAGAGACAAUACCCAAAUACAUUGGCCGCAAGAAUCAGAGUGCCACUCUCCUGGGACAAUUCAGCUCCUCCAAAGCCAAUGAGUUUAAAGAUAGAAAGAAUUAGCUCGUGGAAAACACCACCACAGGAAAAGAGAGAUAAAAGUCUUUCCAGGAGACGUCAAGACAGAAGAGCAACACCUACUGGAAGGCCAACUCCCUGUGCAGAGAGACGGGGGGGUGUCUGAGGAUGGAAAGGUGGCCUCGGACACCUGUGUCACUCUACACUGGCCCCUUGGAAAAUUCAGAUUCAGAUAAAGUUCCACUUAGGUCUAAUAAAAGUACUCAAUUUGUUAUUCAAAAUAGACCUAGUAAUUUAUUAAACUAAUUAUGUUUCUAUAGAUAAAACCUUGAAGUUCUUCAGACAUGUCUCUAAUGCUAUAAAAGCAAACAACUUGGAUUGGGUUUUA